AUGAAGUUCUUCUCCACCACCCUUGCCCUCUCCUCCCUCCUGCCGACGGCCGCCUGGGCCUGGGCCGGCAGCAGCGAGUCCGACAGCACCGGCGCCGGUGGUUCCCUCUUCCGCCGCGCCGAGACCAUCCAGCAGACGACGGACCGGUACCUCUUCAGCAUCACGCUCCCGCAGUUCACUGUCUACCGCAACGCCAGGAACCCGGCGACACUGGACUGGUCCUCGGACGCGUGCAGCUACUCGCCCGAUAACCCGUUGGGAUUCCCCUUCACGCCUGCCUGCGACCGUCACGAUUUCGGCUAUCGCAACUACAAGGCCCAGUCGAGGUUUACGGAUGCUAAUAAGUUGAAGAUUGAUGGGAAUUUCAAGAAUGAUCUCUACUACCAAUGUGACACCAACGGCUACGGCUCCACCUGCCACGCCCUCGCCAACGUCUACUACUCCGCCGUCCGCGCCUUCGGUCGCACCACGGGCGAGCUCCAGGAGGAGUACGAUCUGUUGCUGGCUCACUACAACGAGCUUGUGGCUGAGGCUAUUGACAAGGGCGAGGAUCCGUUGUACUAUUAG